AUGUUUGAUUAUCAACGCCGUUUUGGCGACAAGUUUCAAUUUUGGUUCGGGUCACAUCGAUGUUUAGUUUUCUGUCAAAUGGAACAUGCCCAAACGAUUUUUUCGGAUCGUGAUACUUUCGAACGAGCGCCAUUAGCUCUUCCAAACUUUGAUCUUCUUUGUCCAAAUGGCCUUAUGCUGCUGACUGGCGCUAAAUGGAAACGACAUAUUCGAGUUCUGUUACCAAUGUUAAAACGAGCAAAGAUUAUAAGCCACUUGGAGACCAUUGUUGAAUGUGCUGAUCGUAUUAUUGACCAAAAUCUUCAUCCUAGUCAAGUUCAUCGAGAUUUGAUCACAUGCUGUCAAUCAUUUACGAUGAAUGUCAUUGGAUUCAUUGGAUUUGAUCAUGAUUUCGAUAUUCAUGUUAAUUCACCAAUAAAAGAAGCUUUUCAAGAUUUUCUUUUCAAUGCUACAUUGCUUAUGAUGACACCCUGGGUACCUCGGUGGUUAUGGAAAAUUUAUUUGAAAUUUAAUUGGAAAUAUCAACGAGCCUAUCGCUUAAUUCAUGAAUUGACAGAAAAACUCGUCGAAGAAGAACAAAACAAACAGAUUGACAUAGAAAAUGAACGGCCAAAGAAUCUGAUUGCAUCAUUGGUCUCAUCAUUGAAUGAACAAGUCAACGAUGAACAUGCUUCAUCCGGUAUAACACGAGCGGAAAUGUUCGAUGAAGUUUUAAUGAUGAUUCUAGCUGGUUAUGAAACGACUUCAGCUGCUCUCUCAUGGUUCAUAUUCUUCGCAAGUAAAAAUCCUCAAGUACAACAACGAAUGAAAGAUGAAUUACGUGAACAUCAUCUGCUGAUGACUAAUGAUCUCACAGGUGUACUACCACUUACGUUAGACAAUUUAUCUUCAUUAACCUAUUGUGAAUGUGUGACGAAAGAGGUCUUACGUUUGGCUCCUGUGGCUGGGCUCACAACGCGUAUAGCUACACGUGACACAAUGAUUGACAAUGCGAAGAUUCAUCGUGGUCAAACUGUUUUUAUUGCUAUACAUAACAUCAAUACUGAUACUCGCUAUUGGCAUCAUGCUGAUCCUCAACAAUUCGCACCAGAAAGAUUUUUAGCUGAAGAUCAAAAUUACCCUCAAUUCGCUAUGAUCCCAUUCGGUGGUGGACAUCGAGCAUGUAUUGGACAAGAAUUAGCUUGGCUAGAGUUGAAAACGAUUAUUGUCCGAAUGAUGCAACGUGGUAUCACAUUCGAAGAUACACCGGAAAAUACUGGUGAUUAUGACGAACGAAUCACCUGUUUUCCGAAAAACUUAGUUGUGCGUGUACGCUUCGAUGAAUCGUAA